GGGUACGAGCGGGGACGCGGCGCGCCAGUCAGAGCAGCGACGCCGCCCGCAUCGGCCGCGAGACCGGCGCCGCUCGCGACACACACUAAAAUCGAUGCACGAUCCGUAACCGGCAUUUAACAUUAAUCAACAACCCGUAAAUUGAUCGUGACCAUCGCAUCGUGCGCUAGUGUGUCCGUCUAACUUGUGAAUCGGUGCAGUUUGGUUUAGAACGUCGCCGAAGUGCAGUGGCUUGAUAGUGAUGUGAGGAUGCUUGUGCGUGGCCAUGUCCGUGGCGAAGAAAGACAAGCCGACAAUGUCGGUGACAGCACUUAUCAACUGGGCACGGCCCCUGCCGCCGGGCCAGCAGCAGCAGCCGAUGACGCCUACGUCGCCCGGAAACAUGCUUCAACCGAUGGCAACGCCGUCUAACUUACCGACAGUCGACUGCUCACUCGAUAUUCAAUGGCUAAACUUGGAGGGAGGUUUUAUGUCGCCGAUGUCACCACCGGAGAUGAAGCCAGACACGGCGAUGCUAGACGGCCUGCGAGACGAUUCCACCCCACCCCCAGCUUUCAAGAACUACCCCCCGAACCAUCCCCUAAGUGGUUCUAAGCACCUCUGUUCUAUAUGUGGAGACAGAGCGUCGGGAAAACACUAUGGAGUAUACAGUUGUGAAGGUUGCAAAGGUUUUUUCAAACGGACGGUAAGAAAAGACUUAACAUACGCGUGCCGUGAAGAAAGGAACUGCAUCAUAGACAAACGUCAGAGGAACAGAUGCCAGUACUGCAGGUAUCAGAAAUGUCUUGCGUGCGGGAUGAAGAGGGAGGCGGUUCAAGAGGAGAGGCAGAGAGGCGCCAGAGGUACGGAGGAUGCACAUCCGAGCAGCUCAGUGCAGGUACAGGAGUUAUCAAUCGAGCGGUUGCUGGAGAUGGAGUCACUGGUAGCUGACCCCAGCGAAGAGUUCCAGUUCCUCCGUGUGGGUCCUGACAGCAAUGUUCCGCCUAAGUUCCGCGCCCCUGUCUCCAGCCUUUGUCAAAUAGGCAACAAACAAAUAGCAGCGCUAGUGGUGUGGGCGCGCGACAUCCCGCACUUCAGUCAGCUGGAGCUGGAAGACCAGAUCCUGCUCAUCAAGGGCUCCUGGAACGAACUGCUGCUCUUCGCCAUCGCGUGGCGGUCUAUGGAGUACCUGACUGAAGAGCGAGACGGCGUGGACGGCACUGGCAACAGAACUACAUCGCCGCCACAACUCAUGUGCCUCAUGCCUGGUAUGACGCUGCACCGCAACUCAGCGCUGCAGGCGGGCGUGGGGCAGAUCUUCGACCGCGUGCUGUCGGAGCUGUCGCUGAAGAUGCGCAGUCUGCGCGUCGACCAGGCCGAGUACGUCGCGCUCAAGGCCAUCAUACUGCUCAACCCGGAUGUGAAGGGACUGAAAAACAGGCAAGAAGUGGAAGUUUUACGAGAAAAGAUGUUCCUGUGCCUGGACGAGUACUGCCGGCGGUCGCGCGGCUCGGAGGAGGGACGCUUCGCGGCGCUGCUGCUGCGUCUACCAGCACUGCGGUCCAUCUCACUCAAGAGCUUCGAGCAUCUGUUCUUCUUCCACCUCGUCGCCGACACCAGCAUCGCCGGAUACAUCCGUGACGCCCUCCGCAACCAUGCGCCGCCUAUAGACACCAACAUGAUGUAAUAUACCGUCUUGUAGGGCACUGAAUCUUGUGCAGUUGACAGCUGUCAGUUUUCAACGACAAUUGACGUUUGUACAGACUGACAGCGACUGUCAACUGCACCAAAAAUUGAUCAGACUGGCAUCUGAACGAACGAGAACGUUCGAGAAUACGCGAAGAUAUCGCGACCGAAUGCAGCUACGUAACGAACUAUUGUCUUAUGUUGUAGUUUGUAGAAAAACUCGUGGCAGUUAUUAGGGGGAUUUUAAGGAGAUGCAAAUGCAAUUCGAUGUGUUAAAAUAAAUAUCACAUCAUUAGUAAUGAACUGGCAAUAAUAAUUGCAAACGACAGGCUUAAAAAAAAUCCAUCUCACUGCGACGAGUUUUUUUAACAAACUUUAUCGUCUGUAUUCCAUAAACCGCUAUCAUUAAUCGGAGCUACCAUUUGCCGGUCAGAGGUUCGAGGUUAAAGUCCUGGCUAGGGCCACUAAUUAGGGUUUGUUAUACGGAAAGUUAGCUUUAGCAGACGUCGGGGGCGUGGCCGAGUGGUUACGAACAUUUUCGAGGUUUUAGAUUAUAAUCUCGAUACCUCAUAUUAUGUACGUGCGUGUAACCGCUGCCUGACCUCUAGCGCGAUAUACGUGUUUAUCCAAAACGGUACCGAAUAAAUUUGUUGCUAUAAUUUGUAGGAAUUUUGGUACGUUUCGACGGAUAAACCUUAUGAUUUCGUUAAAUUUAGAAAUCAGGGCUUUAUUUUUCGAGACAGCAGACUCGAUGUUAUGUUAGCACUAAAGAUCAAAUAGUUAACGUUGGUUUACGACCUUCAGCUAAUAAGUACCUGGGUUAUGUAUAGCCCUUAUUGUAAAGGCCCUUUAUGUUAUGUUCAAGUUUUGAGUACGAGCACAAGACCGUUGUAUGAAGUGCGGGCACGCGAAGUGUAUCGGAGUGGACACAGUAUCGCGAACCACACGACGUUAGGUAGUGUAAAUGGGGCCGCCUCUUUUAUUACGUAGAAUAUGAUUAACGUAAAUUAGUCAUUCAUUUAUUAGGGAAUUUUAAUCGUACAGGUAGGUGUCCAUAGUGAAUUAAUAUAAUGUUAGACUAAUUAAUGUGUAAUUUUAACAUUUACCAAAUCUCUCUUCAAAGCACGUACAUUAAUUAUUACGUAUAUUUAAUGGAUUGACUAUGUGUCCACUGAGCCAGUGAUAAAAAUCAUGUUGAUUCGUAAAAACGAAAAUAAAAGUAAAUAUACAAAAUUAUGCUUCAUAUAUUUCCCGUAUUAUACACAUGUUGGUGCUUUAACAUGCAUUAUUUACAUAUUAUGCAUAUCAAAUAUGCAUAGUAAUCCUUAAAUUUAAUGUUACUUGAUAAAUCCUUAUUUUCAUUACAAUUAGUAUAGAAAGUUAUAAAAACUGUAAAUAUAUCUUUGCAUGUACAAUGUAUUUUUAUUAUGUUUAGACAAGUAACUUAUAUUGCAUAUUAAUAUAUACCUCACCAGUGUCGGGUGGUGGGAAUAUACGGAUAGAAUGGCCUACACGCUACAUUAUAAAUAAUAACUUGUAUUUCUAUUGGCAGGCCACUUUAUUUUUGUACCUUGUGAGUGCCACGCAUUUUCCAAUUCGCUAACAAAAUUAACCAGUAUUAUAACAUUCACGAAAUCUUGACGAGGGAGACCUAUAUUUUAGACCCAUAUUCAAGGCACAGAUCUAAAACAUGUCGUUAAUCUGUGCCUGAAUAUGGUGCUAGAAUUCGGGCCAAUAAUAAACAUUCAGGUUGUAGAUAUAGAACGCGGAAUCUGAUCGACACAUUUCGAAGGGGGUAAUUAGACGAAAAAAAUAUUUUAAAAUUAAUGUUUCAUAAGUGUUGAGAAUAUUAUAGAAAACUUAUAUUGUGAUUAUAAUCGCUGGACGUAGUAGACAGCUCAAUUUACUAGAAAGUUCUUCAUCCGGUCUAUUUGAUCCAUUACGUAGAAGCCGUGAUUAGCAUGACGACUUUCAUGUCCACUAUAGUUUGUUGACGUUGAACAACCAGUAUUUCUGUUAUAUUGAAGAAUUAAUGUUGAGCAAUGAUAUUAUUAUAUGGAUGGGUUUGAAAUUUGAAUUAUAUGAUGGGAAAUGUUGCAGCGGUUGUGAGAUGAUUUAUAAUGAUGUUCACUAAUUAUCUGACUAAAUUUAAGUUAUAUUUUUUGUAUAGACAUACAUAGCUUUAAGAUUCAUAAAUGGUGAUUAAAAUUAUUAUCACAAUAAA